AUGGCUGAUCCUCUCCUUUCCUCUCUCUGCACAAUCUGUCGUAUCCAAACACCAAAAUACAAAUGUCCCCGAUGCGCUAUACAAACAUGCUCACUCCCCUGCUCUCGCCGACACAAACUCUGGUCAGAAUGCAACGGAGUUCGCGACCCAACAAUCUACAAACCCACCUCAGAACUCUACACACCCUCAGGUGUCGACCACGAUUACAACUUCAUCCACUCCAUCGAAGCGCGCGUUGAGCGAACCGAGAAGGAAAUCGUAGAGGAGCGCGGAUUAGUGGGCAAGGCGGAAUUGAAGGCGGCAAGGAAUGGAGAGGACGAGAGGGAUAAAAGAAAAACGAAGGGUCGUAAUUUGGCGCCUGGGGAGAUGGCCAUUGAUAAAUGCUUGAAGUCUAUGGGAAUUAGGGUUGUGCGCGCGCCUGAGGGGAUGAAUUGCAGGAAGGAGAAUACGACGAAUUGGAGUAAGAAUCAGAGGUGUAUCAAUUGGCAGGUUGAGUACUUUAGAGAAGAGAGCAAGGAACGGUUUUUGGCGCGUGCGAUGGGAAAUAAACCGCUUGGUGGCUGUUAUGAUGAAGCUUGCGAGAUGGAAAAAAGAGCGAAUCUGACGCCGGAAGAGCUGAAGGUUUUGAAGAAACGAAAGGCGGAACAACAGAAGCAACGGGAAAAGGCAGGAAAGAGGGUCAAGCUGAGUAACGCCGAAGCAUCGAAUCUUCCAAUCACAGCAGAGCCUAUACUACAAGACCCUCGGACGAGUACUUGGAAUAUCUCAGUCGAGGCAGAAUCGGAAAAUUCAGAACCGCCAGCACAGGAUAAACCUACAUAUUCCCAGGAUAAAAAGUUCUAUCUUCUUCGGCCAUAUACACCUUCAUCUAUGCCCAAAGUUUUAGUACCACUCGACGCAUCCAAACCGCUUUCAGAACUACUCAAAAGGAGAUUGGUUCUGGAAUACCCCACGAUCUACGUAUUCCAUCAAAUCACACCCUUACCCGAAGAUUUCAUGUUGGAGAAGGACUUCCUAAGAAAGACGGGUCAGCCGGCUUUUGAUUCUUCAGAUGAUGAAUCGAGUGAAGAAAGUGGUUCUGAUGGGGCGGAUAGUGAUACUAGUAGUAGCGGAGAUAGCGAUUCCAGCUCGGAAGAGGGAGAGAAAUGA